ACUCAUUUUCACAUCUCAUCUGGAUGGAACAUCAUUGGAGAAAAAGGGAAAGGAGACAUCAUGCUUAAGAAAGAGCAAGGACGAAGCCACGAAUUCACGCGUAUCGCGAUAUGAUUGACGACGUAAUUCAUUUCACGAUCUGGAACUUUGGCCAUGGAGGAAGACGCAAACUGGCUGGGUCAGACUGUUUACGCAGAGCGAGUGGGCCGGUCAGGCUGGACCUGAGUUUGAUCACUUUUCGGGUUUACUAUCAUCUUUGCAUGGAGACUGUGGGAUAUUGUAUAAUAAUCCAAUGGAUUUUCGAAUUACUACGCUACUACUACUAUCUUCAUUUCGUGUAUCUGACACAAAAAGGUACGAUGCCUUCCUCAGCUAUCUCCGCGCCUAGUGCCUGAAUCCUCUGCCUCCUCCGUCAGACUUCUUCCCUCACGCCUCUGCGCUUGUG